AUGUGGCAAAUGUUUACUGGCACAUCGCGGGGCCGCGUGGUCAACGUGGCCAGCGUGAUGGGCCGCGUGUCCUGUUUCGGUGGAGGCUACUGCAUCUCCAAAUUCGGCGUGGAAGCCUUCUCUGACAGCCUGAGGCGGGAGCUGGGUCCCUUCGGGGUGCAGGUCUCCAUCAUCGAGCCUGGAGGCUUCCAGACGGGAAUGAUCGACCCCGCCCCGCUGGUGGAGGGCUUCGUUCGCCUCUGGGAGCGGCUCCCGGCAGAAACCCAGGCAGCUUACGGCCGCCACUACCUGGACAGAUAUGCCAAGAGCACCACGCUGCUGCACCGCCUGAGCAGCUCCCGGCUGUCGCACGUCACCGAUGCCAUGGCACACGCGCUGCUGUCCCGCUGCCCCCGCAGCCGCUACGCCGCCGGCUGGGAUGCCUGCCUCAUCUUCCUCCCCCUCAGCUACUGCCCGGCCUGGAUGUCCGACACCAUCCUUGGCUUCUUCCUGCCCAUCCCGGCCAGCGGGACCCCCUGAUGGCCACCAGAGAGGGGACACGGCCCGUGGGUGUCUCAGGCCCUGGAGAACGUGCUCAAUAAAGGCGGUGCAAUGCUGGGGCUCGGUGUCCGGUGGCCACUUGGCCACGGUGCUGGUGGCCACCGGGGGUCCCGUGGCAGGAUCCCGGCUGCUGUCUGUGCCCCGA